AUGCAAUCUCUGAUCCUGCAGGCAGAGAAUUCAGAAAAGGCGGUUGGUUUUCUAGGGUUGGUGUUCAUGGGGGUCUGCUUAAGCGCGCGAAUCAAAGCUGAGAGCCCUUGUAAUACAGGUCUGAAUUCAAAAAUCGUCAGCACUGAUGGGAAUCUCAGCACAAGCAGCAAGGUCUCAUCAUUUUCAGCGCCUCCAACUCCUCGGAGUGAGGGAGAGAUCUUGCAGUCUUCCAAUUUGAAGAGCUUUAGUUUUAACGACCUCAAAAUGGCCACCAGGAAUUUCCGUCCUGAUAGUGUGUUAGGAGAAGGUGGCUUUGGUUCAGUUUUUAAGGGGUGGAUUGAUGAAAACUCAUUUACUGCUGCAAAGCCUGGGACUGGUAUAGUUUUGGCUGUGAAACGGCUUAACCAAGAAAGUUUUCAGGGUCACAGAGAGUGGUUGGCAGAAGUGAAUUAUCUUGGACAAUUCCAUCAUCCUAAUCUCGUGAAACUAAUUGGCUUUUGCUUGGAGGAUGAACACCGGCUUUUGGUGUAUGAAUUCAUGCCUCGAGGCAGCUUGGAAAAUCAUUUGUUCAGGAGGGGCUCUUAUUUUCAACCUCUGUCUUGGAACCUCCGGAUGAAAGUUGCCCUUGGUGCUGCAAAGGGGCUUGCUUUUCUUCAUAGUUCUGAAACAAAAGUGAUAUACCGAGACUUCAAGACGUCAAAUAUCCUGCUUGAUUCGAACUACAAUGCAAAACUUUCCGAUUUUGGUUUGGCCAAGGAUGGGCCAACAGGUGAUAAAAGCCAUGUCUCUACUAGGGUGAUGGGGACCUAUGGAUAUGCAGCACCAGAAUAUCUAGCCACAGGUCAUCUAACUGCCAAGAGCGACAUUUAUAGUUUUGGAGUCGUUUUAUUGGAGAUGUUAUCUGGCCGGAGAGCAGUUGACAAGAAUCGACCAUCUGGGGAACAUAAUCUAGUAGAGUGGGCUAAACCCUUCCUGGCAAACAAGCGUAAGAUCUUUCGCAUCAUAGAUAACCGUCUAGAAGGUCAGUAUUCAAUGGAUGGAGCUUAUAAGGCAGCUAGCCUUGCCUCACGGUGCCUAUCCACAGAAUCCAAGCUCAGGCCAAACAUGGAUGAGGUUGUAACAGCACUGGAACAACUGCAAGACAAUGGAAGCGGUCAAGGCAAUGCAAGCAAUGGGCAGAGAAUGCGCAGACGAAGUGCAGAUGAUGCUAUCAAAGCAAAGCGUGCAGCAGCAGAUGCUAACAAGGCAGCAAACAAGUCAAGUAAUACUGUCGCUUAUCCUCGGCCCUCUGCUUCCCCUCUUUAUGCAUAA